AAAGGUCGAGUCUGAGAAGAAGAUGUAACGGCGACAACGUUGGCCAUAGAAGAAGCGAAGGCGGAAGUGAGUGUAAACAAAGAUGUUCUCCUGAGGAUGUGCCGUUGAGGAAAAAAAAAACGAGUCCCCAUGAGAAGUAACAGGUUCGUCUGCAGGAAAGAGAUUGAAGGACCUGGACCCCGACUCUUGUUCCUGGUGCAGCAGGUUCCCUCUGAUCCGGUCUGAUCCAGUCUGAUAAGCAGCAGCGAUGGCGGGUCGUGGUCGUGGUCGCAGGGCAAUGUCCUUCAACGUUGACCCCGUGGCCGUCAACAGAGGAGAGGGGUUGCCUCCAUCCAUACAGCAGCCCACACCUGUGUUCCCGGCGAUGGAGCAUAAGCCACUCCCCCUCACAGGUGGGGAGGAAGCAGAGUAUUUAUUAGCGCUCAAGCAGGAGUUCAGAGGAGCCAUGAAGAGCCUGCCCUUCUUCAUCCAACCAGCUCGUCCGAAAAGAGAUGUGGAGAGAUAUUCAGAUAAAUACCACCUCAGUGAACAGACUGACAAUCUGAUGGACUGGAAUCAAGACUGGAAGAGGUUUCCCAGAGAAGUCAGAGUCCUGGUCAGAAACCCCCCCAGAAAAGGCGUCUCACUCGCUGUCUCUGUCAGUGCUGAGAGUGGACAGGAGAAGAAGAAGAAGAAGAAGAAGGAGGUGGUGAAGGAGAAAGAAGUUCUGCUCAGACUGGAGACACUGGAGAAGAAGGAGGAGCAGGCCAGCUCUGAGGAGGAUGAGGGGGAGGAGAAGAAGAAGAAGGAGGAAGAGGAGGAGGUGGAGGAAGAAGAAGAGUUUGAUGAAGAUGAGUUUGAGGAGGAGACGGAUUACAUCAUGUCCUACUUUGACAAUGGAGAAGAGUUUGGGGGAGACAGUGACGACAACAUGGACGAAGCCGUUUACUAACACACACACACCGUCCAACACACACGUGUGAAGAUCAGUGCAAGUGUCACCAGCAUUUUACUGUGGUUUUAGAACAAGUCCAGCUUUUAAUGGUUUUAUAUUUGUGUGACUGUAAGUCCAGGUUUUAUAUGUGUUUUUUUUAACUAUUGGUGUGUUUGUUGUAAAUGUUUAUCUAAGUGAGGAUCAAAACUGAUCCUAUCAAAGACUAAACUGUCCUGCAGGGGGCGCGUUUGUUGAAAGAACAGCUCAAUAAACUGUUCUGUAAAUGGA